UUCUGUUCAUGCAGACGUUUGAAAACUGCAAGCGUUUUGUUUAUCAUCGCGAAAAUGAACAACGUGCGAGGAAAGAACACAAGAAGAAAACAUCUAAGUAAAAAUAAGAAAAAGUCUUGGAGAAAAGUAGACACCAACGAUGUGGAAGAAUUUUUAGAAGACGAAAGACUUCAAGAAAGAACAGGUGGAAAGGUUUCAGAGAAAAGUGAUGCUUCUUUGUUCUUUGUAGACAAAAAAGUUACUAAGGGAAAAGGAGGUUUAAAAGAUAAAGUUAAAAGAAAGAGAAAGGCACAAGAAGAGUUAAAGGUUAUAGAAGAAGCAUUAAAGCCUCCACCUAAGAAAAAGAAAGAUAAAAGAAUUUCAGCAGUGAUUGAGAGGGAAGCAAGCGGAAAACUAACAGACACCCAGAAACAGGCAUUUAAACAAAGACGUAAAGCCAGAAACCAGAAACUACAUCAAGUGAGAACCAGGGGAAAAAAUGCACCAGUUAAUUAUGAUCUAUGGGGAGAUACAUUAGAUUCUGAACUUGUUGGUCAAGAUGAACAUUUUAUCACAGUUACAAAGAAAAAAAGAGUAAAGGCACCUGAUCGUUUACAGUUGCCUGUUUCAUCUAUACCAGCAGUGGAAAUACCUCAUCCUGGAACUUCCUAUAACCCUGCUUAUGAUGAGUACCAGGAUUUGUUACAAAAAGCACACAGUAAAGAAUUGAAAAAAAUAAAACAAGAAGAAAGAAUUAAAAGAGCUUUAGAUGAAAAGUUUCCCUCAGCAAGAGAUGCCCCAACAGAGGCAAAUCAUUUACAAGAAAUGUCAGCAGGCUUGUUUCACAACUCUGAUAAUGAAGAUGAAGACGAGGAAGGUGACCUUGAUAAACUGUCAGUCAAUCCUCCAGUUAGACGAGAAAAUAAAAAAGAUGAAAGGAAAAGAAAAAAGGAGAAGGCAAUGAAGGAAAAGGCACAAUUAGCAGAAAAGGAAAAACAGAAAAGAAUAAAAAACAACAACUUUUUUAGAUUAAGGUCUAUAAAAGCCGAGAUAAAAGCAGAUGAUAAAGUUUUCUCAGAGAGAAGGAAAAAAAAAGAAGAAAAGAAAGCCAGAGACCUCUCGAGAACUAAAACACUUAGUAAAAACAAAUUUGAGGAGCCUGACUUGGAAGUGAAAUUAAGUGAUGAACUCACUGGCUCUCUGAGAGAGAUGAGGCCUGAAGGUCAUAUAUUACUGGACAGAUUUAACAGUUUGAUGAAGAGGAAUAUUCUUGAAGUACGAGGUCGACCUAUUCCCAAGAAACAGAAGAAAUACAAGCCCAAGGUGUUUGAGAAGAAGACACAUAGAGAGAUCAAGAGUGUCUGAAAUUGAUACUAUCAGCAAGUUGAAAUAUUCAGUGAAUAUAGUUAUUUUUAUGCUGCAAUAAAGUAUUAAAGAAAA